AUGAUUGAACUUAUUAUCUGCCACUCAUCUCUGAAUGGAGUUGCACUUGUGUGUUCCAGUAUGGACAUACCCGAUGUUGAUGUGCAAGUCUCAGUGCUGAAAUCAAGAACAGGGCUUGCAGAUCCCAAUGUUCAUUGUGGUACAACUGGAUCAUUGUUGGCGGCACUUGCUGCUUUUCAUUUUCAUCACCACCCCUGUGAAGUUGCUGUUGGCCCUUGA